AUGGCUAUGAUGAGUAGUUUUUGCCCUGCAGAUGACUGGGGCUCUCUUCAGUUUCUCAACCCAGAUAUGAAUAUGGUUAGCUUCCAAGCACAGCAAGAGCAGCUGGCAGCUGCUUCAGGCAUCUUGGGUCUGCAGGACUAUAGCUUACCUAACCUCCCAGACUACACUACUUGCAUUGAUCCACUCUUCGAAACCUACGAAUCCUCCUCCUCCGAAAACUUUCUCCUCCCCGAUUUCUAUUUGCCAACAGAAAACAUCAACUUAUCCUCCUUCCAAUCACCAGAAAUCUUCCCUAGCCUUGAUGAAUAUGGCUGCUCAUAUCAGCAGAACCCGAAACGCCAAAAGUUUGUAACCCUGUCAGCGCAGAGCAUUGCGGCGAGGGAGAGGAGGAGGAGGAUUACAGAGAAGACUCAAGAGCUCGGAAGGCUCAUUCCUGGUGCCACCAAGAUGAACACUGCUGAAAUGUUGCAAGCUGCUUACAAGUAUGUCAAGUUCUUGCAGGCACAAGUUUCAGUUCUCAAGCUCAUGACGGAUUCCCCACAGGAAAAGAAGGAUCUGCAAGCUGUUGCAUCUCCAAUUGUUCAAGAGAAGCUCUACGCUGAAGAGAAGUGCUUGGUUUCGAAAGAAUUUGUUCAAGUCCUCGCAAAUGAUCACGACAUCGAAUCGAAACCCUUGCUCAAGGACAGUGUUGCUCAGUUGCUGCAAACCAAUGGCUGA